AAUCAGAUCAUUGUUGUCAACGCGUUGUUAUGGAAGCCCGGUUCAAUUCUCCAACGAUGCACUGAUCUUUUGUGUGUUUCCAACUCCGAUAGGGAUAAACCGUGAUCUUAACGUGGUUUAAAGUCGACAGAAUGUCUUCUCCGGGCCGAGUGGACGCUUUGCGAGAGCGUAAUCAACAUUUGUUGAACGAGCUGAAGCGGCAGAGAGAGAAACUGGAGCGACUGAGCGGCCGCGGUCAGAACCGGAAGAGGGACAGAGAGGACGAGGCGGAGGAGGAGAGGCGACGGCCCGAAGAGACGGCGACUCGGACCGAGGGAGACCGCGGUGCCGCCAGGGCCGCCCUCCUCAAACCUACCGUGAGAUUUGCGGAUGCACGCGAGAGACAAACAUGCGUCCAGCGCACUGUUUCCACACCACCUGCGACCUCCACACAUGGAGGGGCUGCUCAGCAUGCAGACCCAUCAGACGUCCUCAAAGACAGCGACAUGUGUCUUCAAGUGCAGGACGGGCUACGGGACACAAGGCUACACAACAACACCAAGUCCUGUUUGGUUAAGAAUCUCGAGGAACAGAGGGAGGAGCCAAGUGGAGGCACAUUUCAGUCUGACGAAUGUGAAGAGAUACCUGCAUCUGACAGGCAUCGUUUGCAGCCCUUACUUGGAUAUGACUGGAUAGCAGGCAUUCUGGAUGCUGAGGAUACAUUCGUAGAGCGCCCUGAUGAGUUCUUCAAUGACCUGCGCAUUUUCCGAUCGCUCCACAAAAACGAUUGUGUCCACAGCCCGCAAGCAGCAGCAUUUUCUGCAGAGAACCAUCCAGGGCUCGCGCUGCUAAUAGACAAGGAUGCCCCAGAAGCUAACACAGACACUCAUCAAUGUACGUUCUCUUACAGGAUGAACAGCAGACUGUUCCCUGUCCCACUUCACUCUCAGGAUUGCUGUCCCGUGUGCAAAAAGCACAAGUCCUCCCACCCUCACACUACCUCUGAACCAGCUCUUGUCAGGGUCAGUAUCCCACGCUCCACCCUCUUACCACCUUACAAGUACAAAGCACAUCGGCGAUGUAGCUUUGACCCUUCUGAUAGUUUGGGGUUACCUUCGCACUGUCUCUCAGGCUGGUCACACACAGGUCAGAGCACCCUGCCACCACCCAGCAGUCUCGAUCUGCGGAGCAGUUUGAAUACAAAGAGCUCCUCGUGGUUGCAGAACAAGGAACUGGAGGAUCUCUCUGUGCCGCAAGUGCCUGCAAACCAGAUCUCUGACCAGAUAUCAAAUGUGUCACGGUUGGCACGUCACAACUUCCAACACGUCUCUCCCAAGAAAAAACUACAAAGCACAUCUUACCCAGUGUGCUGAAAAGCCAAGUCUAUUUUUAAAUGAUCUCUGUGGUUACUGUGAGCCAUUGGCCACCACCCAAGAUGAUUUCCCUUUUUUUGUUAAUGUUUUAACAAUCUGUAUAUCUUUUUUUGUAAAUGCUUUGUCAGUGAUGCUUUUUAUCAUGUCUCAAGUCUAUGCAUUCUUACAUUUUUUUUUUUUUUACGAAAACAUUGGUCUUAAAAGAUAAUGUAAUGAUUUAUCUCACAGAGAAGUGAAUUUGAUGUUGAAAGAGUAGAGCUUUUAGUUCUUCAUUUUUUUCUGAACAGAUUUAGCUCCACAUGUGACUGUCAGCAGCCUCAUGAAGCAAUAGGUCCUUACGCUACUCCACAGUUUAAAGGGAUUCCAGAUUACAUAGCAGAGGUAAAACUUUAGUUACCUUUGUGCAUUUCAAUAAUAUUAAGGAAGUCCUUUUGAGUCAUGUCUGUUGCUUGGAGACACCGGUUCAUGUUUCCCUUUCCAGCUGUAUGUUUUGGCUACCAGGUUCACACAUACUUCAGUUUUUAACUUCCUUUGACACUUCCUCGCUGUGGUACUAUGAACGCUACGAAACAAAGGCAGUAUGCACUGUAGAUCUGUUGCAUUUCACAGGAAACCACAACCACCUAUACUUAAUGUCAAAUACUGUAGCCAUCCCACCUAUGACACUACUCUUUCCAGUUUGUGUAAUGCAGGCUAAUGUAUUUGAAGAGGUUAGAUUGUAUACAAAAUGUGUCAGGGUGUGUUCAAUAAUAUUAAUACAUAAUUGUCUUUG